AUGACGUAUAGCUUCCCUGAAUCGUCGACUGAAACCGUGUCCACCGAGACAGCUUUAACUCCGAGUUCAAGUGCCCCGGUCUCCACCACAUGCCUCGAGCAGCCAACCUAUGGAGGUGGCUAUACUUAUAUCUGCUACACCAUCCCAGCGGCAUCACCAACUCCAACCUACAGCACGGGGGACACAAGCGCAGUCACGAGUUCAAUUGCCACUUCUUUGACUUCUGGGUUCUCAACAAGCGGAUAUCUCACUAGCUCCUCGGACGAACUUUCUAGCACGUCAAGCCAGCCAGCACCCGUCCCCUUAAGUUCUAUCUACACUACUGGAAGUACAGACGCCACCACGGCCACCAUCUCUUCGAAAGGUAGCUCUGAGACAUUCCCCACCAUAUCUUCGGCUCCCGGGUACCCAACCAGUCUGCCACUCCCCAGUACCAGUACGGUACUCGUGACACCUCUCCCUCCUAGUUCUACCGGCAGCACUGAUGCUACGACCGCGACUUCGUCUUUACCUUUAAGUACGUGCAUUUCCGGCGGCUACGGUGGCGGCAAGAUCUGCUUUCCAAUCGGAUCGAUGGAGCCUGGAGUCACUAUCGUUCCUGAUGGGACGUCUUCCGCGGAUGCGGUGACAGCACCGUCUUCAGUCCCUACUACUCUCAUUACUCACCCUCAGUCUACCUCAACCGUCACAGGAUACCCGACCGGAAAACCCGACAAGUAUGAAAGCGACGAGACUAUCCGGGAGAGUGAAGACGAGGAUAAUUGGACCUGGUGGGGCGGCCGCAAGACCCGCGGUCGGCAGGGCAAAGGCGUCGAGCGCCUGCGCCGCAGCUGGCGCAUGAUCUAA